ACUGUGAAAGUUAUUCUUCAGCCGGAGGAGCCAGUGACAGCCUAAUCUGCUUUUUAAACAGUAGUCGGCGUGCUGAGGCAGGAGCUAACCUCUCUCUCUCUCUCUCUCUCUCUCUCUCUCUCUCUCUCUCUCUCUCUCUCUCUCUCUCUCUCUCUCUCUCUCUGUCUGUGGGACAUCGAGGCAAAGGGGAGAGCUCACAACACAACACGGCGGUCCUCCAUGGCUCUGUGCAACGGAGACAGCAAGCUGGAGAUCAGCAGCGCAGAGCAGAAUGGAUCAUGUGAGGGGGCGGUGGCGAUCCUGGAUGCAGGGGCCCAGUAUGGCAAGGUGAUUGACAGGCGGGUGAGAGAACUGUGUGUACGCUCUGAGAUCCUCCCCUUGGAGACCCCAGCCUUUGCUAUCAGAGAACAGGGCUACAGGGCAAUCAUCAUUUCAGGAGGCCCUGCCUCUGUGUAUGCAGAAGAUGCACCCUGGUUCGACCCUGCCAUAUUCACUAUAGGAAAGCCUGUCCUAGGGAUUUGCUAUGGCAUGCAGAUGAUGAAUAAAGUUUUUGGAGGCACAGUGCACAAAAAGAGUGUAAGGGAAGAUGGAGUGUUCAGUAUUGGACUGGACAACACUUGCUCCCUCUACAGAGGCCUUCAGAAGGAGGAACUGGUCCUGCUGACCCACGGAGACAGUGUGGAUAAAGUGGCUGAUGGCUUUAAAGUGGUGGCCCAAUCAGGGAAUAUCAUUGCCGGGAUUGCCAACGAACAGAAGAAGCUGUAUGGGACACAGUUUCAUCCUGAAGUGGACUUGACAGAGAAAGGCAUGGAGAUGCUGCGUAACUUCCUCUUUGAGAUUGCGGGAUGUACGAGUAACUUCACCGUACAGAACCGCCAACAGGCCUGCAUCAACGACAUCAGAGAAAAAGUAGACAAGUCUAAAGUGCUGGUGCUGCUGAGUGGCGGCGUGGACUCGACAGUUUGCACAGCCCUCCUCAACAAAGCCCUGAACCAGGAUCAGGUUAUUGCAGUUCACAUUGACAACGGCUUUAUGAGGAAGAGAGAGAGCCAGAGUGUGGAAGAAGCCCUCACCAAACUGGGCAUCAAACUCAAAGUGGUCAAUGCAGCUCACACUUUCUACAACGGAACAACAACACUUCCCAUCUCUGAGGAGGACAGGACGCCCCGGAAGCGCAUCAGCAAGACCUUGAAUAUGACCACCAACCCUGAGGAGAAAAGGAAAAUCAUUGGAGAUACAUUUGUCAAGGUGGCAAAUGAAGUGAUAGGAGAGAUGAAUCUGAAGCCAGAAGAGGUUUUCCUGGCCCAGGGUACCUUGAGGCCCGACCUCAUUGAGAGCGCCUCUCAUCUCGCCAGCGGCAAGGCGGAGGUCAUCAAAACACACCACAACGACACCGAGCUCAUCCGCAAACUCCGAGAUGAGGGCAAAGUAAUCGAACCACUGAAAGAUUUCCAUAAAGAUGAGGUCAGAGCACUGGGGAGGGAGCUGGGCCUGCCAGAGGAGAUCGUCUCUCGACACCCUUUUCCUGGUCCUGGUUUGUCCAUCAGGGUGAUUUGUGCAGAGGAGCCAUACAUCUGUAAGGACUUUGCUGAGACAAACAACAUCCUUAAAAUCAUCACAGACUUCUCUGCAAGUGUCAAAAAGCCCCACGCCUUGCUGCAGAGAGUCAAGUCGUGCAUAUCGGACGAGGAGGAGGAGAAGCUCAUGCAGAUCACCAGCCUUCAUUCACUCAAUGCCUUCCUGCUGCCCAUCAAAACUGUCGGCGUCCAGGGUGACUGCCGGUCCUACAGUUACGUGUGCGGUGUCACAAGUAAAGAAUCUCCACACUGGGAAUCUCUCAUGUUCCUGGCCAGACUCAUCCCUCGCAUGUGCCAUAGCAUCAAUAGAGUUGUGUAUGUAUUUGGGUCCCACGUGAAAGAGCCACCAACAGACAUUACCCCAACCUUCCUGACCACAGGCGUUCUGAGCACGCUCAGACAGGCGGACUUUGUAGCUCACUCUAUCCUCAGAGAGUCUGGCUACUCCGGUAAGAUCAGCCAGAUGCCGGUCAUCCUGACCCCCCUGCACUUUGACCGUGACCCACUGCAAAAGCAGCCAUCCUGCCGGCGCUCUGUGGUUGUCCGCACCUUCAUUACCAGCGACUUCAUGACUGGCAUCCCCGCCAUGCCGGGCAACCAUAUCCCUGAGGAGGUGGUACUGAAGAUGGUGAAUGAGAUCAAGAAGAUCCCAGGAAUCUCCAGAGUCAUGUAUGAUCUGACCUCCAAACCACCUGGCACCACAGAGUGGGAAUAAACAACAUGACGUGGCACCGAUAGGACACCCACUCACACAAUGCACAAACACACUCAACAGAUAUCAAAGAGGGCUGGUGAACUCCCCCCCUCUUUUCUGUCCUUCCUCCCUUCCUACUUUCCUCUUCCUCCUCCUCCUCCUCCUCUUCCCUCUUGUACCUUCCUCCCUCUCAUCAACAUUCCCAUGGAAGGCAGACCGUACUGUGACGGGCGCACACGCAAAGGCGCUACUACUCUGCUCUCCCCACCACUCCUACCUGGUCUUAAUAUUUUUGGCGAUAGGGAUCGAUUAAUGUUGGUUAUUGAUAAUAUAUUGACUUUGUUUCAUUUCCAUGUAAAACAGUUGUAUUUCCUCUUAUGAUAAAAAGGUAAAAUUGCUGCUUCCUGUUGUGAGGUCAAUUAUUAAAGGCAAGUGGCCAGAUGCUGUGAACGUACAGAAAGUAGACUUUGUCGUGCCUCAGGUUGCAUUGUGGGAUGAGCAAAGCGUGAGAACAAAAGUGUCAAAAAAAGAAAGACUAGCGGAAGGAGGGUUCUGAAAAUUUUCAGCAAUUGUUUUCUGCCUUUUUUUUUUGGAAUGUUUUUGUUUUACUGUUGUCAGUCAGAAUGUCCUCAGCCUAAGACUAUCCUCUCUAUUUGUUCAUUUUCACUUUCUGCCUGUAUACUGUGCUAUGAAGAAGGUUGUCUGCGCAAAGCAAAACUGACCAGACAAAAC